GGACUUCCUGGCGUGUUGUGAAACGGUAUUUGUGUAACAACGGUGCAGCAUCACACGCCUACGAAGUUGACGUGUCUGAAGUGUUGAUGCGAAUUGAUUCAUAUGAUCUUAAAUGUUUUGUAUUUUUAAUGAGGGAAACUUAAAGAUAACUUACCCGUGAGACAGUAGAUAUGGAGAAACUAGAGACAUCAGAGCUCCAGUCUAGGCUGUCCUCGCUGUCUGUAUCAUCUUUCCCCGGUAUAACUUCAAAAAACUGUGAAUCGGACUCUUUAAACAGACUUCAAAGCACAGACCUUUCACGGACAGUAAUCCAACCGGACAACCAAACCAAAAUGGAUGAUAAUAGCAAUAACCGAGAAUCUCUGCAAUCUAGUGAGGAGACCAGAGCAUCUCACGGGAAAGCAGGGGAAGAGGGCUCGCUAGAGAGCACUGCCAGUGAUGGGACAUCACACUCUGGGGAGAAAAAAGGUUAGCACAGCCCGUAUUAAAGAGAUGAACCUGAGCUCUGGAAACCAUCUCAU